UGGAACGCGCACUGAUGUGGUGGGGGUAUAGACGAUCUGUUCGCCGAGAGAAAUAGCUGACUGGUGGACCUCCUGUCCUUUUCUAACAGUAGUGCGCAUAUCCUAUACCGUCAGCGCAAAAAUUUACUCCACAGUUUCCGAUGUAAACACUACUUCAGUGGACGUAAACCACUGAUGUAAACUGACGUGAAACAAUUGUAUUUGGAGUUUCUAAGUGGAACAAUAAUGGGAAAAAGCAUGUUGACUGAAGAAAAUACAUCUAUUUUCCAGGAUCAUUUCGAAUUUUUUUAAAUUUAGUAAUGAUUAAUAAAAAAAUUUUAAUUUCUUAGGAUGAACACUUUCACGAAUGUGCCACCGUCCAGCAGUCCGCUAAGUGCAAAUGAUAAUACUCUUUUGGUUCCAACUACAGCAAAGGAUUAAAUUGAGUCUUACGUAUGACUGUUACUGAAAUAUUUGAAGAAUGAAGAAUAACAGUUGGGAUAUGGAAGCAGUAAUAAUUUUGCAAAAGUCAAGAUGAACACGUCAAUGACUGGGAAGCAGAUUCGACAGGGAUUUAUAGAUUUUUUUAAAUCUAAAGCUCACGAGUAUGUUCAUUCGAGCUCAACCGUUCCUCAUGAUGAUCCUACGCUAUUGUUUGCCAACGCUGGAAUGAAUCAGUUCAAACCAAUAUUUCUUGGGUCAGUUGAUCCUAAUAGUGAUAUGGCAAAAUGGGUACGUGUGGUGAACACGCAGAAGUGUAUCAGAGCAGGAGGCAAGCACAAUGACUUGGAUGACGUAGGAAAGGAUGUCUAUCACCACACGUUUUUUGAAAUGAUGGGAAACUGGUCAUUUGGGGAUUACUUCAAGAAAGAAAUUUGUGCCUGGGCUUGGGAACUACUGACCGAAGUCUUUAAAUUACCUGGCGAUCGAUUAUACGUCACCUAUUUUGGUGGGGAUGAGAAAUCUGGACUUAAACCAGAUGAAGAAUGCAAGCAAAUCUGGAUUGAGCUUGGGAUCAAGCCAUCACACGUUUUACCAGGUAGUAUGAAAGAUAACUUCUGGGAAAUGGGAGAGACUGGACCUUGUGGUCCCUGUAGUGAAUUGCACUUUGACCGUGUUGGCGGAAGGGAAGCAGCUCAUCUCGUUAACAUGGAUGACCCAGAUGUCUUAGAAAUUUGGAAUCUCGUAUUCAUACAAUUCAACAGGGAGACUGAUGGCAGCCUCCGUCCUUUACCUAAAAAACACAUAGAUUGUGGUCUUGGGUUGGAGCGUUUGGUAUCUGUCAUCCAGGGAAAGAGAGCUAAUUAUGACACAGAUUUAUUUGUGCCUCUUUUUGAUGCUAUCCAAAAAGGAACCGGAGCUCCAGCCUAUCAGGGUAGAGUUGGCAACGACGAUAAAGACGGGGUAGAUAUGGCAUACAGAGUCUUGGCUGACCAUGCUAGAACUAUUACAGUUGCACUGGCAGAUGGAGGCAUGCCAGACAAUACGGGCAGAGGGUAUGUAUUGAGAAGGAUUUUGAGGCGUGCUGUUCGAUACGCAACUGAGAAGCUGAAUGCCAAGCCUGGGUUCUUUGGCUCAUUGGUCAACACAGUUGUAGAACUACUUGGUGAUGUUUUUCCCGAACUCAAAAAAGAUCCACAGUCGAUAAUCGAUGUCAUUAAUGAGGAGGAAGAACAAUUCUUGAAAACACUAUCUAGGGGACGCAAUCUGCUAAACAGAACUGUAGCAAAGCUAGAAGCCACUACUGUUGUACCAGGAGAUGUUGCUUGGAGACUCUAUGACACUUAUGGAUUCCCAGUUGAUUUAACACAACUUAUGAUAGAGGAGAAGGGACUGACUAUAGAUAUGAAGAGCUACGAAGAAGCUAAGAAGCAAGCACAGUUGCUAUCUCAAGGCAAGACUGGAGGGGUAGAUGAUCAGAUCAACCUGGACGUCCAUGCAAUCAUAGAAUUGCAAAAUAAAGGCGUGAAACCUUCUGACGAUAGUCAUAAAUAUAACUAUAAAGCACAAUCAUCGGAUAAGAAUACUGAAUAUGAUUUUUCUCCUUGCACUGGCAUAGUGAUUGCCCUACGACAUAUGAAGCAGUUUGUUGAGCAAGUGACCUCGGGUCAAGAGGUGGGAAUACUGCUUGAUCAGACAAAUUUCUAUGCAGAACAAGGUGGACAAAUUUAUGAUGAAGGAUUUCUGGUGAAAGUUGGAGACGAGAGCACGGAAGUACGCAUCAAAAACGUCCAAGUCAGAGGUGGCUAUGUGCUACAUAUUGGAACAGUUGGUGAAGGGACGUUAAAAGUAGGCGACAAAGUUCAUUUGAAUGUCGACAUGGCGAGGCGCCGCCUGAUCAUGAACAAUCAUACUGGAACUCAUGCUCUAAAUUAUGCCCUACGUACUGUCCUAGGCACGGAAGCUGAUCAGAAGGGAUCACUAGUGGCUCCUGACAGAUUGCGCUUUGAUUUCACUAACAAGGGUGCAAUGACUGUCGAACAAGUUAAACAAACGGAAAUAUAUACUAAGCAGCUGAUUGAGCGUAAUCAACCAAUUUACGCCAAAGAAAGUAGCUUAGCAAUUGCAAAAACUAUCCAAGGACUACGUGCGAUGUUCGAAGAAACUUAUCCAGACCCUGUGAGAAUCAUCAGCAUCGGAGUGCCGGUCGAGGAAUUGGAGAAAAAUCCCUUGAGCCCUGCCGGGACUCAAACUAGCGUUGAAUUUUGCGGUGGAACACAUUUGCAUCAAGCUGGGCAUAUUGGGGAUUUUGUAAUUGCCAGCGAAGAGGCUAUUGCUAAGGGGAUUCGGAGAAUCGUGGCACUUACAGGGCCAGAGGCAACAAAGGCUCUGAAAAAAGUAGAAUUUCUAGAAAACGAACUAAAUAAAAUAAAAUCAACUAUUGACGAAGAUAAAUCUGGAGCAAAAUCCAAAGAACAUGUUAAAGCGAUUGUAGAACUGACAGAAGAUGUUUCUCAUGCAACUAUUCCUUAUUGGAAAAAGGAUGAGUUGCGUAACAUUUUGAAGACACUGAAAAAAUCUAUUGAUGAUAAGGAGCGUACAGCCAAAGCCGCAGUUGCCACCUCAGUAGUCCAGAAGGCUACGGAAUUGGCUCAGCAAAACAUUGGGGCUCCUAUUGUGGUUGAAGUAUUGGAAGCUUACAGUAACACCAAAGCACUCGAUUCAGCUCUGAAGCAAAUCAAGUCAAUUUCCCCAGAGACCAGCGCUCUUUUCUUCAGUGUUGACUAUGAUAGUAAAAAAAUAUUCGCCCUGAGCGCUGUACCAAAGUCUGCUGUUGUUAAAGGACUGAAGGCAAACGAGUGGAUACAGACAGUCACGUUACUAAUGCAAGGAAAGGGUGGAGGGAAACCUGAGUCAGCUCAAGCUUCAGGCUCUAAUACAUCCUGCUUGCAAGAAGCAAUGAAAAUGGCUAUUGCUUUUGCAAGCUCUAAGCUAGGAAUACCAACCAGUAAUUCGGUAGCUUCAGAAAAAAAUGUAUGUACAAAAGGCAGUAACGAUCCAAUACUUUAUGGGAAGGAAGGCAAUAUCAAAAGAUACCGUGUGUUAAUCGCAGCUAAAUGCAGUGGCAAGAAAAUUAAUCUCAAACCUUUAGAAGGGACGGAAAAAAUUACUAUUCGUUUUGAAGAUGAUAAUGUAGUUCUUCGUGACGGUAACGCCAUUGCGCUGUAUUUGUCGAACGAUCAGUUGAAAGGAUCUAAGAAUUUGUACGCCGAAAGUGAAAUCUUGCAAUGGAUGAGUUACGCAGAUAAUCAUAUUCUUCCUUCAGUUUUAGGAUGGGUUGGGCCAUCAGCGAUUGAAGAUUUGAGCAAAGAGAUUUCUCCAGCUAAGGAGGAAUCUUUCAAGUGCCUAAAAAAUUUGAACACGGUUUUAUUGAAUAAGACUUAUCUCGUUGGGGAACAAAUCACCUUGGCUGAUAUCGCCGUGUUCACUAGCCUCAUGCCGCUUUACGAACACAAUUUUGAUGCAAAAUCUAGAAAGCCGUACCAAAACGUGAAUAGAUGGUUCUUAACUAUUCUAAAUCAGCUAGAAGUACAGAGUGUUGUACAAGAUUUCAAGCUGUGUGGUUAAAUACCUUAUAAGGGCUCCGAGAAAAAGGGUAAAUAACAUCCAGCAUGAACUACGUACGAUCACGCAUAUAGCUAGUUUUUGUCUGUAUUUUUUAAAUGAACUCAGACUUAUCCCAUCACAAGACUUUUUAACAUUCAGAAAUCUUUGAUACGAAACUUCUUAUUUUUAUGAAUUAAAGGAGAGUCAUGAUCUUUGUAAUUGUAAUAUUAUUCAUCAAUCUAUAUUUGACUGAUCUAUCAUAUUUGUGGAAAAUAGAGGUUGAUAAGAAUGCUCUUUCGUUAUCGAUGUUCCACAGAUUUUCAAACCUGUAAUGUAAACUCUCGAAAUAAAUUUUUGAUGCAUUUA